AUGCAAGAUCCCACUGUCCCCGUUGUGGCCAUCCCGGACCGCGAUGAGUCCUCCACAUCGACCAACGUCUGGAAAGCCCGCCAACAGAAACAGCAGAAACCCACUUCCCCCUCUGAGACUGCUCCUCAGUCGCCGCAGGCCACCAGCUCGUCCGUUGCCGAGCCUGUCCUAGAGUCCACCUCGGAUGACACCGAGUUUGAGGGAUUCGUCAAAGUUCAAGGUGGCUUUUCGCUCCGUCAAUCGCCCGGCAAGAAGAGCACAAAGGGUACUCCCCAAACACCGUCAGAGAAGAAGCCUGCUACUGGCGGAUCACCCCCGGCCGUCAAUACCACGGUCGCCGUACUGCCUCCGGCUGCGCCUGCUGCCACCGCCGUUGCCGCCGCCGCCGCCGCCGCUACUACACCUGCUGAGCCUGUGGCAGAAGCCCCCAAGAAGACCGAGGCUUCCAAAGUCACCAGCGGACCAGCCAAGAUCGUCCAAACCAAUGCCCGGAGUGAGAACCUGAUCAAAGACAGCGCUCCUGUGAGCACCCCCCAACUGGGCCCUCUGGACAAGUGGCCUGUCUUGGGCACCAGUGCUCCCGCCCAGGUCCCGACACAGCAGUAUGACGAAGCCAAGGUGGCCGGUGGCGGCAAAAAGAACGCCUGGGCCAAGCUCGACGUGCCCAUCCGGUAUCCCCCUCCCAAGACCCGCAGCAACUCGGCUCGCAAGGGAGGCCGAUCUUCGCGUGACGGCUCGGCAAAGCUGGAUGGCGAGGAUACGCUGAGUUCGAAUGGCGAUGCCCUGAGCCAACCCUCUCCCAAGCCGCAGAAGGGAUCACGGAAUCCCUCCGCCUCGUCCCAGCGCAACCGAAACAAGUCCGCAUCGAGCCGAAGCGGCGCCGACUCACAAGCCCCCAAGACCCCCACGGGAGAAUCCAACCCGGAUGAAAUCACCUCGCCUGUUAAUGCCGAAGCCACCUCGCCCGUGGCCGGCACCGGCGCUUUCGUCUCCGGCGAAGGUGCUGCUCAUGCCGGCGGUCAUCAGCCCAACCACCGCCAUAGCAACCGCGGUCAUCCCAAUCGCGGUGGCCGUGGAGGUGUCCGAGGUGGGCGUGGAGGAAGCACUCGCGGCGGGCGCCACGGUGGUGCCUAUGGUGGCUACAGCGGCUAUCUGAAUCCCUAUGCCUACCAGCAGGGCAGCGUCCCGCUGGCCCCGAACGGCAUGCCAAUCUUCAACCCCGUUGCCUUCCAGGCGCCCGAGAGCCACGAACAAGUCGAUAUCGAGACUGUCAAGUGGUGGAUCCGCAGCCAGAUCGAGUAUUACUUCUCGAUCGAGAACCUUUGCCGCGACGUGUACUUCCGCAGCCAGAUGAACCCAGCCGACGGCACGGUCUCCCUUAAGCUUGUCACAUCCUUCAAUCGCAUCCGCUUCUUGAUCAACAUUGCUCGCAGCAAGAUUGCUGGUGCCGAGAGCCUUGGCGACAGCGACCUCCCGCCGUGGGCGAUCGAGCUGGUCCUGCAGGCGCUUGCCCCCAGUGAAACCGUCCAAGUCAUCAAGGACGCAAAUGACGAGUCACACAUCCGACGUGCUAGUGACUGGCACUACUGGCUGCUACCGUCGCCCACAGGCACUCCGGCCACAGCCACGGCUCCCGCCCUCCCAGAGACCCCUGUGGCUGAGCGAGCUGCCUCACCUUCGAGACCGGCCGCCACGAACCAGACAAAGCAGGUCCCCACCAUCCAAACGGUCAGCCCCACCGGCGAGUGGGAAGUUGCCUCUAACCGCCGCCACUCGAAGCAAGCUGGUGCGACAAGCGCCAAGCCGAGCGAUCAUCGCCCUAAAGCCACCAGUGGCAGCGGCCACACUGAUGAGGAGGGUCUCUUUGAUUUCGAGGAUGAAGAGCUCGGCAGCGGCGACAAGCGCAACACCAAUAAACCCUGGAACAAGGAUGCCGCUGCGGAGUUGCUCGAGACUGAUGACGAAGAUGAUGUUGUCGUCGUCACCCACCGCGGCAGCGAGAAGCGCGGCAUCGAUGCCGGCUAUGAGUCGUUCGAGGACUGGCACUCGGAUAUCGACGAUGAAGAGGUGGCCUCGCUGCUGAUUGUGACCCAGAAGCACUCUACAAGUGGCAUCACGCAGCAGGCCGCCGGCACCCACACUUCGCUCCAUGCCCCUGCCCGCAAGCAUGCCACCCAUGCCUAUGACCGUCCCAAGACCCAGGAAGACAUGCACGACAUCAUCAACGAGGGACUGUUUCACUACGAGCGUGAGCUGUACAAGGGACAUGGUGGUCGGUCCAGAAACGGCCCCAACCACAUCGGCGUCGUCGAUGACGAGCAGUUUGCUCUCAUGUCCGGCCGGUCCAGCGUCACCACCCCGACCACUCCGCUCUCGAACCUCAGCAAGUCUCUGGAGAGGCACAAGGCUGCCGCCGUUGCCAACCAGCAUCCCACCUCGGCUGGCGCGCAGAGUCAGGCUGCCAGCGCCAAGAGCAAGGCCGUCAACGUCCCCACCCGCUUCUGGAACUCGGCCAAUGUUGCUGCCUCCCCUCCUGUUGGUUGGUUGAUGGGCGACAAGCCCUACCACCCGCCAUCGCGAGAGCACCUGCACAUUGGCGAAGGUCGUCCGCCCCUCCCCCCAGAUGCCCACGCCUCGUCCCCACGUCACCUGGACAUUCCCCUCAAUCGCCAGAGCCCUUCUGGUGCCAACCCGAUCCUGGGCGGCCACAGCUUGAGCUCGUCCUAUGGAAGCCAGGUUGGCUCGUGGACUGGCGACAGCCGCAACAUGAGCUACAAGGAGUUCUCGGCCUUCCAGCACCCCUCCUACGAGCUCCUCAAGGACGGCGGUUUCAUCCAGCACAAAUACCACAAAUACCACGCCAAGGCCCUCAAGGAGCGCAAGCGCGUUGGCCCUGGACUGUCGCCCGAGAUGAACACCCUCUUCCGGUUCUGGUGCCACUUCCUCCGCGAUCGCUUCAACCGCAAGAUGUACAAUGAGUUCCGGCGCCUUGCCUAUGAGGAUGCCCUGGCCGGUCAUCGCUAUGGUCUGGAAUGUCUGUUCCGGUUCUUCUCGUACGGUCUCGAGAAGCGCUUCAAGACCGACCUGUUCAAGGACUUCCAGGAGUUCACUCGCGAAGACUUUUGCUGUUGGGGCGAGCUCUACGGCCUUGAAAAGUUCUGGGCCUAUCUGUUCUACCGCAAGGACAAGCAAAAGCGACCCCAAGUUGAUGCCUCGGUGCUCCCUGAGCUCAAGGCGGCCCUGGAGAUCUUCCAGAAUGUGCAGGUGUUCCGCAAUGCUGACGAUGAGACCAUCCAGAAGGCCGGCGGCAAGCGCCUUCCUUCGAAUGGAUACAUCCAGACCUCGAUCAACAGCAGCGUCGCCGCCAGCACCGCCGCCGGACCCACCAUCAAGGAGUAG